AAAUGUCACUCAAAGCAUCCCUUAAUCAGCUCUCUACUCGUCUCUGGUUCCUUCUGAGGCAUUAAUUGGAUCAUACGCUGCGUUUGAGGAGCUCGCGUGCUUUACCCGAGGAGGAAAUUUGCUCCAUCUCCAGCAGCAACCACUGCUCCUUUUGAUGUUGUGGUACGCCGUGCGCAUGCGCUUCACAUUAGAAUUACUGCACUGGCCAGAAUAAGUUGGAUCUCUUCUUCUCUUCACUGAAACCCUAAAUCAUAUCAGAAGCCAAAGGGAUGCUGAGAGUCCGGAAAAAGGGUUACUUUGGGAUUUGGUCAUUCCCUUUAAUAAUAGCAGUGGUGUGUGCACAGAGUGUCAAUGACCCUAGUAAUAUGUCACUGGUAAAAGAGACCGUGGAUAGACUGCUGAAGGGCUAUGACAUUCGCUUGAGGCCAGAUUUUGGAGGUCCCCCAGUGGCUGUUGGCAUGAACAUAGACAUUGCCAGUAUAGAUAUGGUCUCAGAAGUCAAUAUGGACUAUACCUUGACAAUGUACUUUCAGCAAGCGUGGAGAGAUAAGAGGCUGUCAUAUAAUGUAAUACCUCUAAACCUUACUCUGGACAAUAGAGUAGCUGAUCAGCUAUGGGUUCCUGAUACCUAUUUCCUGAAUGACAAGAAGUCAUUUGUACAUGGUGUCACUGUGAAGAACAGAAUGAUCCGCUUGCAUCCAGAUGGGACGGUCUUGUAUGGACUAAGAAUUACAACAACAGCUGCUUGUAUGAUGGACCUACGGAGAUAUCCGCUGGAUGAGCAGAACUGCACGCUGGAGAUUGAGAGCUAUGGCUAUACGACAGACGACAUUGAAUUUUACUGGCGUGGUGGUGAUAAUGCAGUCACAGGAGUCACAAAGAUUGAACUGCCACAGUUCUCCAUUGUAGACUACAAGCUUAUCACCAAGAACGUUGUUUUCUCUACAGGUGCCUACCCAAGGCUGUCUCUCAGCUUUAAACUUAAGAGAAACAUUGGUUACUUCAUUCUGCAGACCUACAUGCCUUCUAUUCUGAUCACUAUUCUGUCCUGGGUUUCCUUCUGGAUUAAUUAUGAUGCUUCAGCUGCGAGAGUUGCUUUAGGAAUCACAACUGUCCUCACCAUGACAACAAUUAACACUCAUCUUCGAGAGACUCUUCCCAAAAUUCCAUAUGUGAAAGCCAUUGACAUGUAUCUUAUGGGAUGUUUUGUCUUCGUUUUCAUGGCUCUGCUAGAGUAUGCUUUGGUCAACUACAUCUUCUUUGGCAGGGGACCUCAGCGUCAAAAGAAAGCAGCAGAAAAAGCUGCCAGUGCCAACAACGAGAAGUUGCGAAUGGAUGUCAAUAAGGUAAAGAUGGACCCGCAUGAAAACAUUUUGUUGAGCACUCUUGAAAUUAAAAAUGAGAUGGCUGCCUCUGAGGCUGUGAUGGGGCUUGGGGACCCUAGGAGCACGAUGCUGGCCUAUGACACUUCAAGCAUCCAAUACCGGAAAGCUGGCUUACCCAGACACAGCUUUGGUCGCAAUGCCCUGGAGAGGCAUGUGGCACAGAAGAAAAGUAGGCUACGGAGACGUGCAUCUCAACUGAAAAUUACUAUCCCUGACUUGACUGAUGUAAAUGCCAUAGAUAGAUGGUCGCGCAUAUUCUUCCCUGUUGUUUUUUCCUUCUUCAAUAUUGUCUAUUGGCUUUACUAUGUGAACUAAGAAACAAAGCCACACAGGAAGCAAGAACUGGAUUUGUCUUCAAAUCAGUUGUACAGCCAAAAGUGGGACUUAGAAAAAUUCUAUUCAGGACAAAAAGUUAUUUUAAAACACCUUAGUUGCUGGCCCACUCUAUGGUUUGUUUCUGUAACAUUUUGGUUGUUUCUGCUAAAUCAUAAAUAUGUAAAUUUGCAGUAUGGACAUAUCCCCUUUAUGAAAAUAUAAGUGUAUUUCAAAUGUGAAGGCAAAUUAGAUUCUGACAAUCAUCUCUGUCUCGCUGUCUCUCACAGCUUCUUUUUUUUUUAAUGCUCAUGUGAGUGUAGUGACACAAAUUAGAGAGGCAUUUGAGAAAAGAAUUUUUGUUUCAACAGCAGUAUAAACCACUAAUUCCCUGAAACUGCGUAUCCAAGACAUGCAUGUACACAUAUUAGUGUACUAAGGUAUUAUCAUGCUUAUGAAACACACACUUUACCUUUUAAAGGUGUAAACUUGAAAACAAAUAGUGCCUAUCAUCUUUCCAAGAUGAUGAUGGUCAGAGGUUUCCCAACCGCAUUCAGGUAUUUCCUGUUAUUUAUUGAAAGAGCUAAACCUUUGACUGAUAAUAUUUGGGUUGGGUGUUUGCACAGAUACUGAAGCAAAAAGCACUAGUUUUGUUUGGGUUUUUAAGAGAUAGCAUAUGCUCACAGUCCCUAUGACUGUAGCUGUGAUGAGUAGAGGAAUGUAGCAAUGGUAUAAGACAAGUUAAACAAUCAUGUCCUGAGUGGGUAGACGUGCUGUUUUUUUGUGUGGGGGAAGGGGAAUUGUUUGUCCAAUGUGCCAAAAGUUGGUUGGCCAAUUAGUAGUUCUCUUGGUGGUUGAAGGAAACCAAUGGUGCUCUGCCGUUCUACUGAAAGGUAGAGAACAAUUAAAAAUAAAGCACCAGGGAAAGUGAAGGCUACAUAUUUGUAAAAGUAUAUAUACAUAUAUAUAUAAACGCAUACUGUGCAAAUGAAUGUUGUCAGCCAUAGCACAUACCUUAGUCUGAAAUAUUCAUGUAGAUUUGUGUGAUUUUUUUUACAAUUUGUUAUCUUUCUAGUGUUAUGCUUACCACUGUCAUUAUGCUUAACGCCAAACAUCCAGAUUGAUUGAAGGUAUCAUUCCUCUUUUUAAAGCAAAGAACUGAGCAUUUGUAUUUCAGUACAACAAUGCUGACGAGUUUUUUCUCAGUCUGGAUUAGGCAAUACCAUUUCAAUUUUUGUUUUGUUUUGCUUAGUGGACUAUUUUAAAGGGAAUAAAUUGGUAGCUUACACUAUAGCAUCAUAGAAUGGUUUGGGUUGGAAAAGACCAUCUAGUUCUAACUGCCUGCUUUGGGGCAGGGUUGUGACCCAUGAAAUCAGAUUGCCUGGGGACUCAUCUAACCUGGUCCUGAACGUGUCCAAGGAUAGAGCAUCCACAGCUUCUCUGGGCAGCUCAUUCCAGU